ACGGGUUAUUGCGUUGCUUACGCUUCUAUUUUUCUAUUGGGAAUUAUUGGAAACGGUUGUGUACUCAAUAUUAUAUACAGGAAUAAUUCUAUGAGGACGACGUUUCACUUUUUGCUCGUUAAUCUGGCCGUUGCCGAUCUACAAGUCGUCGUUUUUUAUCUACCAGCGACUCUAGUGGGACACAUCUUCGGACCUUGGAUUUUGGGUUUGUUCAUCUGUAAAGCCGCUACUUAUCUCCAAGGAGUGUCUGUCUGUGCUUCUGUACACACUUUGGUUGCCAUUUCAAUUGACAGAUUCCUGGCUAUCUGUCAUCCAAUGAAAUGUCAAAUGACCUCCAGAGGCUGUAAAUUCAUCAUUGUAGCUAUCUGGGUAGUGAGUUUUGUUCUUCUUUUACCUUGGGUUUUUUAUUUUCGUCUCACUCCCAUGUACAGUAAUGGAAAUUACGGUUUACAAGUAUGUCAAGAAGUAUGGCCUACAGAACGAAUGGAGAUGAUGUAUUUCGUCGUGGCUAAUCUUCUUUUGUGUUACUUGCUCCCUUUAUCUGUGAUUUCUCUUUGUUACAUUCUCAUCUGGCGCCGAGUUUGGUUGAGAAAAUUACCGGGUGAAGCGCAAGAGCAAGAAGUCGAGAGAAUGAUACAAAGAUCGAAGAUUAAAGUGGCAAAGAUGCUUCUGGUAGUCAUAGUAGUUUUUGCAGUUUCGUGGUUGCCUCUCUACGCAAUAUUUGCUCGGAUUAAGAUUGGUGAUAAGAUUAUAGAAGGCACCUUAGAGGAUAGUAUUGUCAGCAUUGUGGCGCCCGUAGCACAAUGGUUAGGCGCUUCCAACAGUUGUAUUAAUCCAGUUCUUUAUGUCUUCUUUAACAGCAAGUUCAGGACUGGAUUUAAAGUGAUCCUAUUCAAGCGUUACUGUUGUAGAGACAUCGAUUACCAAGACGAGCGCGAUAAAACUUUCCGUAAUGCCUUGUACUUAUCCCGAAAAACAAAACAAGUCGAUGGUUCCCAAAUAAACACAAAAUGCGUGUCGUGAAAAUAUUUAAAUUAAUAAUAUUCUUGUAAUCUUCAGUGGCGCGUUAUCCCAUGGUCAAGAAGAAAGGGCAACCACUCGGAAGCCCAACUAAAAGGGGACCCUUUUAUAAGAAAAAAAAUACCUGAGAUCAACAUCCCUAAUUUAAAUUCG